GUCGUCCUAGCGAGCCCUUGAGGUGGCCAGUGUGCAGCGUCCGGGUGACAGAGCACCCCGAAGAUGCAGGAUGGCAGCUCGGCCACCCACCAGCCUCUCCUACCGCACCACUGGCUCCACCUGCCUGCACCCACUCAGCCAGCUCCUUGGCAUCCCGCUAGAUCAGGUUAACUUUGUGGCUUGCCAGCUUUUCGCCUUGUCGGCCGCUUUCUGGUUCAGGAUCUACUUACAUCCCGGUAAAGCCAGCCCUGAGGUCCGGCACAUGCUGGCCACCAUUUUGGGCAUUUAUUUUGUUGUGUUUUGUUUUGGCUGGUAUUCUGUUCAUCUCUUUGUGCUGGUGCUGAUGUGUUAUGGGGUCCUGGUCACGGCAAGUGCAUCCAGCGUUCACAGGUAUUCCUUUUUGGUAGCGAUGGGCUACCUUACGAUAUGCCACGUCAGCCGAAUAUACAUCUUCCACUAUGGGAUUCUCACUACAGAUUUCUCUGGGCCCCUGAUGAUUGUCACUCAGAAGAUCACAACCUUGGCUUUCCAAGUUCAUGAUGGAUUAGGUCGAAAAGCUGAAGACCUUUCUGCCGAGCAACACCGACUUGCUGUGAAGGAGAAGCCCUCGCUUCUGCAGUACUUGAGUUACCAUCUCAACUUUAUGAGUGUCAUAGCUGGCCCUUGUAACAACUUCAAGGACUAUGUAGCGUUCAUUGAAGGGAGACAUGUACACAUGAAGUUGCUGGAAGUGAACUGGAAGCAAAGAGGUUUCCACGGUUUGCCAGAGCCUUCCCCCACUGGAGCUGUGAUACAGAAGUUGUGUAUGACCUUGAUGUCUCUCCUGUUGUUUUUGACGCUCUCUAAGUCCUUUCCCGUCACCUUCCUUACCGAUGACUGGUUUGUACAUAAAGCCAACUUUCUGAGUCGUCUCUGGUACUUAUAUGUCGUCAUGCAAGCUGCAAAGCCCAAGUAUUACUUUGCAUGGACAUUAGCAGACGCGGUGCACAACGCAGCUGGCUUCGGGUUCAGCGGCGUGGAUGCAGAUGGGAAUCCCCGAUGGGAUCUGCUGUCUAACCUGAACAUCUGGAAGAUUGAGACUGCCACGAGUUUCAAGAUGUACUUGGCAAACUGGAAUAUUCAGACGUCAGCUUGGCUGAAAUGUGUGUGCUAUGAGCGCGUUCCCUGGUACCCUACCGUGCUCACCUUUGUCCUGUCUGCUCUGUGGCACGGCGUCUACCCUGGAUACUAUUUCACAUUCCUAACUGGAGUCCCUGUCACAUUGGCAGCUAGAGCGGUGAGGAACAACUAUAGACAUCACUUCCUUUCUUCCAAAGCCCAAAAGUUUGCUUACGACGUGCUUACCUGGGCUGCCACUCAGCUGGCUGUCUCUUACACGGCAGCGCCGUUUGUCAUGUUGGCUGUUGAGCCAACCGUCAGUUUAUACAAGUCCAUGUUCUUUUUCUUACACAUCAUAUGUCUGCUGAUAAUCCUUUUCCUGCCAAUCAAACCACAUCAGCCUCAAACGCUAUCCAAAUGUAAAGUCCAAAUGUACAGUCCAAAUUCUGUAAAGAAGAAGGCAGACUGAUAACCAUGAAGAGAAGCUAAGCGACAGACUUGCAGGACACUGGGAAGACAAAAUGGACAGUGACUUAGAGGAGAUGUUUACAUACAUAUUUUUUUUCACUGCAGGGAAUAUUUUUAUGGGUAUGUUUUGUACAGUUAAAUCACCAUGUCUAGUUUCAUCUUCAUACUUUACAGGGCCUGUCAGUGACACAGUGUAGAGAACAGGCCACUGGGUUGGCUCUUCUGAAAUCACUUCCGCCUACUGAAAUCUGGAAGCAUGGAUCCAAGUGUGGCCUCCUUAGGAGGUGUCUGCUGAGAUGACUUGUCCGAGAUUUCUGAAAUCAGAACAUUCCCAGGCAUGACUUUCCCUUGGCAACUCCAGACCCUUGAAUGUGUGACUUACCAGGUUGUGUGGACACAACUCCUACUCUCAGAAACCCUUGGUGGAAAGAAAGUGAUUAUGGAGGGAGGCUUCCAAGGUGUAAGGAAAAAA